UUCACAUAGAACUGCCUGUACCUGUACAAAUGGCAACCCGAGGAAGUGUGAAACCCUUUGUGAACUUCAAUGCAAAGCAUGAUGCAGAGGUUUUGCGCAAGGCCAUGAAAGGGAUCGGCACUGAUGAAGAUGCCAUCCUCAUGUUAUUGGCAGCUCGCAGUAAUGCACAGAGACAGGAUAUAAAAGCAGCCUAUAAAAAGGCUUUUAGCAAGGAUCUAGUGAAAGACUUAAGGUCAGAGCUUGGAGGGAAGUUAGAGGAUCUAAUUGUGGCCCUCAUGUUUCCAUCCACAAUAUAUGAUGCUCAUGAACUCCAUAAGGCCAUUAAGGGAGUGGGUACGGAGGACAAGGUUUUAAUUGAGAUCCUGGCAUCUAGGUCAUGUGAUGAGAUGAAAGAUAUUGCCAAAGCUUACAAGAAAGAAUAUGGAAGCAAGCUGGAAAAAGACAUCAUGGGUGAUACGUCAGGACAUUACCAGAGGUUGCUGGUGAUACUUGCACAGGGAAACAAGGAGGAGGGAGUGGAUGAGAGCAGAGUGGAGAAAGAUGCGAAGGAGCUGUUUGCUGCUGGAGAGGAGAAAUUCGGCACGGACGAGGACAAGUUCAUCAACAUACUCGGCAACAGGAGCGCAGAACACCUGAGAAAAGUGUUUGAUGCCUACAAAAAGAUUGCCGGCUGUGACAUUGAAGAGAGCAUAAAAGAUGAGUGCACUGGGAACCUGGAAGCACUGCUGCUGGCUGUGGUUAAAUGUGCAAAAAGUGUGCCUGGUUAUUUUGCUGAAUUGGUUCGAGAGUCUAUGCGGUGUGCCGGCACUGAUGAUGAGACUCUCAUAAGGAUCAUGGUGUCCAGGAGUGAACGGGAUAUGCUGGACGUCAGAGCAGUAUACAAGAAGAUGUAUGGAGAAUCACUCUAUAGCACCAUAAAAGAAGACACCGAAGGAGAUUACCAGAAGGCCCUGCUCUACCUGUGUGGUGGUAAUGAUUAGAAAGAGUAUUUUGUGCUACUGUAAUUAUUUACAUCAGUUUAUGUCCUUAUAUGAUCUUGAGCUUUUUUUCUUUCAGUUGUUUAUUUCUACAUCUUUAAUGUUUUAUGGUUUGAGAAUAAGUUGUUUCUG